CCUUGCACCUCUCUCGCCUUGAUCAAGUCGCGUCUAAGGCGAGCGCCUGGUUCAAUUCGCCUCGCCUGGUACCUGUACAGGCGCAGCUGCUGAGCCUCGACUCGCCUUGCGCCUAGGCGUGCGCCUAGGCGCGCCUUUGACAACACUGAUGUAACCGACCCCACUUGAUGGGACUUAAGGUUUGGUUUGGUUUGGUUUACCUGUUUUUGCACUGGCCUUGUGCAGUCAACAAAGGCUGCUUGCUAAUCAUUGGAAGGCAAUAACAUUUAGUGUCCCCAUUCCCACAGAACAAGACAAUCAAGAAAUUACUUUAUUUUGCUUAUUUUUGUUUCGCCCACUAACAAAUUAUUCCCAGGCACUAACUGACACCCUCCAUUUGAUACCCAAAGACAUGCACCUUUAUGAAAGCAACAACAACCCCAUUUCUCAAAUACACCCUUAGCUAGGAAGCUCUCAGUAUUUUAUUUGUAGCUUCUUCUCCACCUUUGCGUCAUGGCAUUGAAGUAUCACCAGGGAAGAUGCAGUGCAAGCAGAGCUGUGGCUCUUGCCACUGCUCUCCUCGUUUCCCUCGCACUUCACUUGGAAACAAUUCACGCAGCCACUUUCACUGUUGGUGAUUCUUCAGGAUGGGAUUUUAGUGUUGGAAGCUGGACAAAUGGGAAGCAAUUCAAGGUCGGGGAUAUGCUAAUUUUCAACUAUAAUCCGUCAGUCCACAAUGUGGUGAUUGUCGAUGUAAACGGGUACAAUAGCUGCACAUCUUCUGCAACCUCUACAGUUUUCAGCAGUGGGAAUGAUCAGGUCAAGUUGUCGAAAGGACUUAAUUACUUCAUCUGUAGCAUCCCAGGCCAUUGCAAUGGUGGCUUGAAGAUUACAGUCAAUGCUUCCUAGAUGGCUAGAACACGAAUGCAUGAUCUACUUGAUUUGUACUAUCUUAUCUUCUAAUUUGUAUUGAUGCAUAAAUAAUCAUCAUCAUUGAUGAGAGACAAAACUAGUUGUUUGAUCUUUGAUGUCCAGUGUUUGUUAAUUUUCUUCUUUCAGUAAUUCUGUGUUUUGCUUGUGAUGAUAGAAUUGUUGUGUAACAAUCUCUUAUCACCCAGGUGUGUUUGGAAUUACACUUUGAGAUGGGUUGAAAGUGGCAAACUAUACUAUU